UAGCGGAGCGCAGGCCGCAGUGAUUUGGUAGCCGCUGCAGUAGGAGGAAGGACCGCGGUUCUACCCUUCUAUCUUUCAGUUUCGCCUCGAAAAUCUCUCGGCUGUUCCUCUUGGUAGCGAUCAGUUAUUUGAGUAUACCGUAACGGCGUUCUAUGAUACAUAAGUUAUAGUAUUACCACCGGACACUGAUAUCAAUCGCCAUUUUAAUCGCACGUUUUCCCUGACAGAAGCGCUAGCACAACAAUGGCUCUGAAAAGAAUUCACAAGGAGUUAAAUGACUUGGCACGGGACCCACCAGCCCAGUGUUCUGCAGGACCAGUAGGAGAUGACAUGUUUCACUGGCAAGCCACAAUAAUGGGACCUAAUGACAGUCCUUACCAGAGCGGGGUUUUCUUCUUGACCAUACACUUCCCCACAGACUACCCCUUCAAACCGCCAAAGGUUGCAUUUACCACAAGAAUCUACCACCCAAAUAUCAACAGCAACGGCAGCAUUUGUCUUGACAUCCUGCGAUCACAGUGGUCUCCAGCUCUCACCAUCUCCAAAGUCCUCCUGUCCAUCUGCUCUCUGCUGUGUGAUCCAAACCCGGAUGACCCCUUAGUACCCGAGAUCGCCCGCAUCUACAAGACGGACAGGGAAAAGUACAACAAAAUAGCUCGGGAAUGGACACAAAAGUAUGCAAUGUAGUGUUGGGGUAGAAUCAUGGCCAACCACCUCUACGACAUAAGGUUAGGGGAGCUUCAGAUGUAAAGAGAAAACAAACAAAAAACCAUACAAACAAAUGAAAAGUUUAAAACAAGAACUUGUUGGUUUCCAUUGGAGUGCUUUCUUUGAGCCACGCCUCCCCUUCACCAGAGUACCUGUAAAACUCCCUCUGCCCCCCCACCCCACCCUUCCCACAUUCACUCUCCCCUUCCCCACUCUUUGUUUGACUGAACUGCCCUCCCUCUAGUGUACAUAUUAUGACCUUACAAAACCAACACCCAUCUUUCCCUUCUCCUCUUUCAUCCUCCCCCCUGUGACCUCUGACCCCUCCUCCUCUCCUGACCUCUGUAUUCCGUUACAUUUAGUCACCACGCAGGUCGGGCUGUCUCAGUCCCCCUCCACCACAAACUGCCCCAUUUUCCUGAUCCUCUACUCCAGACUUUAAUCACUUUAAGCAUUCCUGUAGAUCUGUAAAAUCUCGAGGGGACCUUUUUGUUUUCUUUAUUUUCCUGUUUUUAGGGGUGAGGGGGACAAUAAGAUGGAGGGAUUUUUACACUCUGCUCCUUUUCUUGUUUUGCUGUCCUUAUAAUUCCCAUCUGUAGAGGUGACAAUUCAAGAAAGCAGUUUUUCACACGAGACUGAAGGGCACUCUGUAUUUUAUACAAUGAAUACUUAAAAGAAAUCAUUGCAGGCUAUGUCAGAAGGAAAAAAUGCACAUGGCUGAUUUAGGUCUUCUGUUGGAAUCUAUGAAAGGACUUGAAUUUAUCCCCACACCUCCUGCUCCUCACUCUCCCCACCCAAUUUCCCUUUUACCCCACCUUACCCCAGUUGACUCCUUUGUACACACACAUAAACACACAUGCACGCACAACUAUAACCCCAUGUCACCCCACCUCUACCAACACCUUUUCUUUAUUCACAAAGUGGAGGUUCUGGACCAGGUAUUUAAGCAAUUUAUUUUUCUUAGUUUAACCUGUGUUUUUAUCCCCCCCUCCCCAUAACUCUUUAGGUUGCUUUUCUUUUUUUUUUUUUGUUUUUUUUUUUCCUUUUUUUUUUGUUUUGUUUUGUUUUUUUUGGCUAUUGUUAAAUUUAGAGGCUAACAUCUUAAAUGGCUAUGGGACUGGCUUGGGCUCUGGGUGCGAGGAGAACCCACUCUUCUUGCACAAACCUCUGUAUAUUGAAUUACCUGAGAGGCUCGUUGAGCUUUGUGUGUUGAUUAAACUGUGUAAUAAAACCCCCCGA